GUUAAAAAGAAAACCUAGUUGCUUUCGAUAAAUUCCUUAAAGAAGACGCUCUCGCUUCUUAAGAGCAAACAUAAGUCCCUGGCUAGCUUCAACGCAUGGCAGCAACUUGCAAGAUGCAGGUCACAAUAUCAAUUUUGGUGCAAAAAUGAAGGCCAAAAGCCAUUAAGACGCGAAGCUGGGGUAUCCAGGGGUUGGUACGCCGCAGCUUGCAACAUGACAAGCCCCGCCACCUUCAGCGCGAUUUCGAACGUCAUUGGUGGCCCGGUACCUGAUGAAUCUAGGCAGGGUCGUCUCAGACAACGGUAUGAUGCAUCAGGAGCGCGGCUUGUGGCAGGUUGUAUCCCUGUCCGGUUUUCUGGGUGCGUACAAAGCUACCAGCACGUCCAGGUCUGUAUGGUCACCAGCACAAGCGGCAACGGCCUUGUCUUUCCCAAGGGUGGUUGGGAGGAUGAUGAGAGUGUGGAGUCCGCGGCCCAGCGCGAGACCGUGGAGGAAGCCGGAGUGCGCGGUGUGCUGGAGGACUCGCCGCUGGGUGUGUUCCUGUUCGCGAGCGGGAAGCACGUGGCGGGGUCGGCGGGCAGCGACGGCAGCGACGGCGCCCCGGGCGGCCGCUGCAAGGCCUACAUGUUCGUCAUGCAUGUGGCGGAGGAGCUGCCGAGCUGGCCGGAGAGCAGGGACCGACAGCGCAUCUGGUGCUCCAUAUCGGAGGCCUCGCGGCGGUGCAAACACCCCUGGAUGCGGGAGGCGCUGCAUGCAUGGGUGCGCCGCAACGGCUGGCAGGUGCUGCUGCUAGAGGCGGGGGCUACAGCGAAUGGCGGCGCCGCAGCGGCGGUUGGAGCAACGGCCAACGGACACGCAGCGGUUGCCGUACCUGUGGUGCCUGUGGCGGUGGAAGCUGGCGGGCAGGUGGUUUCGGAGCCGCUAGUUGGCGGUCUGGCGGCAGGGAGCGUUGUAGGACUACAGCAACAGCAGCAGCAGUUACAGGAGUGAGGGAGCGUUAUAGCCUUGUUCUUCUGGAUUGCGGCCCUUCAGUAGCAGGCGGGUGAGGGCUGGGGAGAAGCGCUCUGGGGAAGCGCAGGUGGCUUGUGUUGGUGAGGAAAGAGAGAGGGGUUCGUCAGUUGGUUUGGUCCGAGGUGAAUGGGCCAGGCGAUAGGAAUACACUGUGCAUAGGCGUGAUAUCGAUGUGACCAUCAUUGGAAGGCAGGGCUUUUCCUGCUUGUAUCAUAAUAAGUGGUUGCCGAGGAGAUGAGGAUGAAGGCGAUGUGGGUGAUAGAAGAGAGCGUGCCUUGAAACCUGGGGCCGAGAGAGAAGGGGCGUGAGACCAACC